GCCAGCAGGUGGCCAUCAAAAAGAUACCCAAUGCUUUUGAUGUGGUGACCAAUGCCAAACGGACCCUCAGGGAACUGAAGAUCCUCAAACACUUCAAACAUGACAAUAUCAUCGCCAUCAAGGACAUCCUGAGGCCCACUGUGCCCUAUGGAGAGUUCAAAUCUGUCUAUGUAGUACUGGACCUCAUGGAGAGUGACCUACACCAGAUCAUCCACUCCUCACAGCCACUCACACUGGAGCAUGUGCGAUACUUCUUGUACCAGCUGCUUCGGGGCCUCAAGUAUAUGCACUCUGCUCAGGUCAUCCACCGUGACCUUAAACCCUCUAACCUUUUGGUGAAUGAGAACUGUGAGCUCAAGAUUGGUGACUUUGGAAUGGCCCGUGGGCUGUGUACCUCCCCUGCUGAACACCAGUACUUCAUGACUGAGUACGUGGCCACUCGCUGGUACCGUGCCCCUGAACUCAUGCUUUCCCUGCAUGAGUACACACAGGCUAUUGACCUCUGGUCUGUGGGCUGCAUCUUUGGUGAGAUGCUGGCUCGGCGACAACUCUUCCCAGGCAAAAACUAUGUGCACCAGUUACAGCUGAUCAUGAUGGUGUUGGGAACCCCAUCACCAGCUGUGAUUCAGGCUGUGGGGGCUGAAAGGGUGCGGGCAUAUAUCCAGAGCCUGCCACCACGGCAGCCUGUACCCUGGGAGACAGUAUACCCAGGUGCUGACCGCCAGGCCCUCUCACUGCUGGGCCGCAAGAAGCCAUUUGAACCCAGUGCCCGGAUCUCAGCUGCUGCUGCCCUUCGUCACCCCUUCCUGGCUAAGUACCAUGACCCUGAUGAUGAGCCUGAUUGUGCCCCACCUUUUGACUUUGCUUUUGACCGUGAAGCCCUUACUAGGGAGCGCAUUAAGGAAGCCAUUGUGGCUGAGAUUGAGGACUUCCAUGCACGACGGGAGGGCAUCCGCCAACAAAUCCGCUUCCAGCCUUCUCUGCAGCCUGUGGCUAGUGAGCCUGUGUGUCCAGAUGUUGAGAUGCCCAGUCCCUGGGCUCCAAGUGGAGACUGUGCCAUGGAGUCACCUCCUCCAGCACCACCACCAUGCUCUGGCCCUGCACCUGACACUGUUGAUCUGACUCUGAAGCCUGCGCCCCCAGCCAGUGAGCUUGCCCCACCAAAAAGAGAGGGUGCCAUCUCAGACAACACCAAAGCAGCCCUCAAAGCUGCCCUGCUCAAGUCCCUGAGGAGCCGACUCAGAGAUGGCCCCAGUGCACCCUUGGAGGCACCUGAACCUCGAAAGCCUGUGACAGCUCAGGAACGCCAGCGAGAGCGAGAAGAGAAGCGUAGGAGGCGACAAGAGAGAGCCAAGGAGAGGGAGAAGCGACGACAAGAGAGGGAACGCAAGGAGAGAGGAGCUGGUGCCUUGGGGGGGCCCUCUACUGACCCUCUGGCUGGACUGGUGCUUAGUGACAAUGACCGAAGCCUGCUAGAGCGUCGCCCUCCUGCCCCAACUCCAGCCCCAGCCCCAGCUCCAUCCCCUGCCCAACCUGCUAGUCCUCCCACUGGCCCUGUAUCUCAGUCUGCUGGUCCUCCUCUACAGCCUGCAGGCUCUAUUCCUGGUCCUGCCUCCCAGCCUGUUUGCCCACCCACUGGCCCUGCUCCCCAGCCUUCUGGCCCUCCUGGACCUAUCCCUGCCCCACUCCAAACUGCCCCUUCCACUAGCCUUCUGGCCUCUCAGUCACUUGUGCCAACUAGUGGGUUGCCUGGCUCCAGUGCCCCAGAAGUUCUCUCAUACUUCCCAUCUGGCCCACCACCUCCAGAUCCUGGGGGCCCCCCUCAGCCUUCUACAUCAGAGUCACCAGAUGUCAACCUGGUGACCCAGCAACUGUCUAAGUCUCAGGUGGAGGACCCCCUGCCUCCUGUGUUUUCAGGCACUCCAAAGGGCAGUGGGGCUGGCUACGGUGUUGGCUUUGACCUAGAGGAAUUCUUAAACCAAUCUUUCGAUAUGGGUGUGGCUGAUGGGCCACAGGAUGGCCAGGCAGACUCAGCUUCACUCUCAGCCUCCCUCCUGGCUGACUGGCUUGAGGGCCACGGCAUGAACCCGGCUGACAUCGAGUCUCUGCAGCGUGAAAUCCAGAUGGACUCCCCAAUGCUGCUGGCUGACCUGCCUGACCUCCAGGAGCCCUGAAACCCACAGCUUGUGCCUUGCUGUCAGGACAGACCCAGCUUCAAGGUCCAGGGAUGCAAUCCAGAGGCCUGCAGCCUUGGCACUGGCAGGUGAGGCUCAG